AUGCUCAAGGCCGGACAGCCAGCUAAGGUGCACGAACUGCACGCAUCGACGGACGCGGCUUCACCGUGCUUCGGAACGCCAAGUUACGGCCAAGAAUUUGCCACGCUCGCGCUAAUCCAUGGACGGCUGAGUCACCUGACUGGAUCGACAUUAAAGUUUUGCUAUUUGGACGAAUCAGGGGCGCGGGGACUGGGCGAGAGUCGUACGACAAGUGUCGAACAAGGUAGACAAAAUGGACGAAGGGACCCAAAAAUACCGACAAACAAGACGCUGGCCAACGGGAGGCGUCCCUUUGUGCGCGGGGUGUGUCGCCCUUGCUCUGCGCGUGUCUGCAGCGCCGAGACACCCCGGGAACAGUCCGGUGUGCGCCGACGAGACUCGACAAGGCUCGACAAGGCUCGGCGGGCGCUUGGAAGGCCCACCCUCCUUCGUAUGACUACACACGGAUGCGCUGUCGAUGCACCAUGGGGGGGCACCGUCUGUCGUGUGGCGACCGUUCUUUUGCAAACAGUCUUUGUAAAAGGAUGUUGA